AUGCCAGUACUUUCAAUUGUGCAGGGACUACGGGAGUCCUCUCCCAUAGCUCCCGUCCUCAUCGCCGUUUCCUUUUCCAUACUCGUUUACAAGCUGCUGCAAGUUGGCAAGAGGGACCCUCGCAUGCCCAAGGGCCCGCCUACACUACCCAUCAUUGGAAAUGCGCACCAAAUUCCUGCGAGCGGACUUUACAGAAAAUUCCUCGAGUGGGCAAAGGAAUACGGCUCCGUCUUCAGUCUCAAGAUUGGCCCUUCCAGCAUCAUCGUCCUGUGCGAUAGGAAAGCCAUCCAUAAACUCCUCGUUGAGAAGGGCAGCAUCUACUCCGACCGCCCGCCCAGCUAUGUGGGCAAUAUCCUCACCCAGGGCGACCACCUGGCUCUCGAGCAGAUGGACGUGACGUGGCGCGAGAAGCGCAAGGUUAUUUCGCACAAUUUCUCACCCAAGCAGCUUGAUGAGAAGCAUUUCCGCAUCCAAGAAUCCGAAGCAACAGUACUCAUGACCAACUUACUGACCGACCCUGACAACUUUUACAACGACGUCCGCCGAUACACCGCAUCCGUGGUCACAUCUAUCACGUACGGCUUCAGGGCACCCACCUUUGAAUCCUUCUGGGGCAGCGGCGUCUACAACGUCAUGUCCAAGUGGACAGCAGCCAUGGAACCCGGCGCGAACCCACCCGUCGACGAAUUCCCCUUCCUCGGCCUCCGAGGCUCGGCGCCGAGCCGAGGAGCGCGCGCGCGCGGGGACAAGCGCAACUGCAUCAUCGACUCUUUGCUGGACGAGUACGAGAAGAAGGGGUGGCCGGCCGCGGUGACGCAGCACGGCUUCACCAACCUCAUGGGCGAGACGGUGGAGGGCGGCGCGGACACGACGGCGGCGCAGCUCCUCACCCUCAUCCUCGCGUUUGCGCUGCAUCCAAAGGUGCAGAACAAGGCGCGCAAGGAGAUUGAUGCGGCGUGCGGCGUCGAGAGGUCGCCGCGGUGGUCCGACUUUUCCAAGAUGCCGUACAUGAACUGUAUCGUGAAGGAGGGCAUGAGGUGGCGGCCGGUCGCGGUGACGGCACUUCCCCACCGAGCGAGAGAAGAGGACGAAUACGAAGGCAUGCUCAUUCCCAAGGGCGCCACCGUGUUCAUCCCUACCUGGGCCCUCCACCACAACGACGAGCUCUACGACGAUCCCGACAGCUUCAACCCGGACCGGUACCUCGGGCACGAGAAGCUCGCCAACGACUACGCCGGCAGCCCCGACUUCACCCGGCGCGACCACUACAACUACGGCGCGGGCCGUCGGCUGUGCCCGGGCAUCCACCUCGCCGAGCGCAACAUGUGGCGCAUCGCGUCCAAGCUGCUCUGGGCUUUCGAGUUCUCCGAGCCGUUGGACCCGGUCACGGGCAAGGUGCAGCCGCUCGACCCCAACGCGUACAACCCGGGCAUUUUGCAGGCGCCGCUACCGUUCAAGGUGCGGAUCAAGGUGCGGAGCGAGGCGCACAGGCGGAUUAUCGAGCAGGAGCAUGGCGAGGCUCUCGAGUUUAUGAAGCAGUACGACGAGUGUUAG